CAGACUCGGAGUGGUGGCCUCCUCUCCAGCCACCGAGGGCGUAGCAGGCAGUGAGGGGACAACCAUCCACCACCUGCAGGACUUCUUUGCAGUGGAUAAAGCCCUCCCCACACCCAAACAGCCGCCUUUCCUCGUUUGCACCCUGUUGUAGCUCUCUCUCUCCCCUCCGCUCGCUCUUCUGACCAAGCCAUGCCGGAAGACGAGUCCCCCACCAUGGCUGGCGACGUGAGUCCCGGCGGCAUCAAAGAGGCCCUCGCGUCCAUGCCCGAACCCAGGAACAACACGGCCAAUAUCGCAUUCCCUGAGAACCUCGAUUUCGGCCAAACCGGCACAAUGCGCGUCCCAAAUGGUGAGAGAGAGGCUAUGCACAGGCCUAGGGAACGGGGGAAGGCGUGUUGGGCUCUUCUGUGUGGCCGGUGUGCAGGGGCGUUGGUUUCGCCUAACAAGCUGCGGCUACAAACGUUUGAUGAGACGAUGCGGCAGACUCAGUCCGUCAGCGGCGUGCCGGGGCCGUGUGUCGACGAGCUGUGCCCCCCGGAGUGUGGCAAACACUCCUGUACGGUGAAAAGUAUACACAGACAGAGACGACAACACAGAGACAGACAGACAGACAGACUGAGACAGACAGAUAGAGAGAGUGGGGGGGGCGAGGGGGCGGGCGUGGUGUGCCUCAAUGGACAUAUAUCUGUGGCUCCUCCCGUCAGGCACGCCCAACUGGAAGCUCCGCCAGGUGCCCUUUGACGGGACAACAACCUACAAGACCGAAUACUACAAGAAACCUAUAGAGUUCCAGAAGGCUGCCAAAGUGUCACGGGAGUACAAGCCGCUGCCAUUUGAGGGCACCACCACACACAAGACCGACUACCAGAAGGCAAUCAAGGGAGACACAGACAGACGGACAGACAGACAGACAGACACACAGAGAGAUGUGUCUCUGUCUGUAUGCGGAUCAAUCAGUGGGCGAUCGAGCCCGCCCCCCGUCCGAAGUCGGCCGUUGUGCGGCCGUCGCUGCCCUUCGACGCCAGUACCACAUACAAGACCGACUACCUCAAGAAGCCGCUGCCGGAGCACGCACCGCCACAAACCGCUCAGUGGAAACCUAGGUGACUCACGGACACACAAAGGGGGGGCUCACACAUGUCCCUGGGCGUCAUUGUGUCAGUCCCGCUAAGUUCUACGGUGAUACCAACUACCGAGCGGAGUACUACCAGAAGCCCCUCCCAGAGGGGCCCAAGGAGGCCGGCCCCGCCAAGGCCUACAAACCCCUGCCCUUCGAAGGAUCCAGCAACUACAGGUACGUAACAAGCAGUCAUACCAUUGUGUAUGGCCACGCACACACUUGCAAGGCUCCAUUGUUCUGUGUGUGUCGUUGUGCAUCGGACAGGGAGGAGUACAAGCCUUGGGAGCUGCCCAAACGGUCGGUGAGACACUGCAGGGCGUGAUUCCGGUUGGUGAGCGGUCGACCGAUGUGUGUCUCAUGUUGGGCAGUGAUUUGGUCCGCCCCGCGACCGUCAGGGCCUUCCCGGACAGCCGAGACUUCCUGACGGAGGUCAGGCAGCUCACACACACACAGCACAUACCACCACCACGUCCACCAGAUGCCAUCUCUCUCUCUCUCUCUCUCUGCUGUCGUCCCGAUGUGUCUGCAGGCCAAGUCGAGCUAUUCCAAGAAGCCGCUGCCCCCGUCACCCCCUCCACAGCAGACUCGAUACAUUCCCAAAGACGUCAAAUUCGACGGAACCACCAACUAUCGGUCUGCUCGGCCACACACAAAGAGGGACACAGAGGAGAGGGGGACGAUUUUCUUGGCUGGUGUUGUGUUGUUUGGGGUAUGUCUCUGCUGCAGCACUGAGUACACUGCCAAGCCAAUAGAGGUCCACAAGCCGGUGGAGGUCACCCGGGAGUACAAGCCGCUGCCAUUUGAGGGCACCACCACACACAAGACCGACUACCAGAAGGCAAUCAAGGGAGACACACACAGACGGACAGACAGACACACAGACAGACACACAGAGAGAUGUGCCUCUGUCUGUAUGCGGGUCAAUCAGUGGGCCAUCGAGCCCGCCCCCCGUCCGAAGUCGGCCGUUGUGCGGCCGUCGCUGCCCUUCGACGCCAGUACCACAUACAAGACCGACUACCUCAAGAAGCCGCUGCCGGAACACGCACCGCCACAAACCGCUCAGUGGAAACCUAGGUUAGUGACCUACCAACACACAUAGAGAGAGCCACCCAUCCCAUGGCCUCUGUGUCUCUGUCUGUGCGUCACUGUGUCAGUCCCGCUAAGUUCUACGGUGACACCAACUACCGAGCGGAGUACUACCAGAAGCCCCUCUCAGAGGGGCCCAAGGAGGCCGGCCCCGCCAAGGCCUACAAACCCCUGCCCUUCGAAGGAUCCAGCAACUACAGGUAACAAAUGGCCACGCGUGAACACACUUGCAAGGCUCCAUUGUCCUGUGUGUGUCGUUGUGCAUCGGACAGGGAGGAGUACAAGCCUUGGGAGCUGCCCAAACGGUCGGUGGGACACUGCACGGCGUGGGUUCGGUUGUUGAGCGGUCGACCCAUGUGUGUCUCAUGUUGUGCAGUGAUUUGGUCCGCCCCGCGACAGUCAGGGCCUUCCCGGACAGCCGAGACUUCCUGACGGAGGUCGGGCGACACACACACACACAUAUGGGGGACAUAUAAUGGGAGUUGCGUGGGUGUGUCUGCAGGCCAAGUCGAGCUAUUCCAAGAAGCCGCUGCCCCCGUCACCCCCUCCACAGCAGACUCGGUACAUUCCCAAAGACGUCAAAUUCGACGGAACCACCAACUAUCGGUCUGCUCGGCCACACACAAAGAGGGACACAGAGGAGAGGGGCACCAUUCUCUUGGCUGAUGUUGUGUUGUCAAAUUGGGGUAUGUGUCGGCUGCAGCACUGAGUACACUGCCAAGCCAAUAGAGGUCCACAAGCCGGCGGAGGUCACCCGGGAGUACAAGCCGCUGCCAUUUGAGGGCACCACCACACACAAGACCGACUACCAGAAGGCAAUCAAGGGAGACACAGACAGACAGUUAGCCAAGAGGGACACACAGAGAGAUGUAUCUCGUUUGCUGUGUGUGUGGAUCAAUCAGUGGGCGAUCGAGCCCGCCCCCCGUCCGAAGUCGGCCGUUGUGCGGCCGUCGCUGCCCUUCGACGCCAGUACCACAUACAAGACCGACUACCUCAAGAAGCCGCUGCCGGAACACGCACCGCCGCAAACCGCACAAUGGAAACCUAAGUGAGUGACCCAACGUUGACACAUAGAGAGAGAGAGCCACCCAUGUGUCUGGGUGUCACUAUGUCAGUCCUGCCAAGUUCUACGGUGACACCAACUACCGAGCGGAGUACUACCAGAAGCCCCUCCCAGAGGGGCCCAAGGAGGCCGGCCCCGCCAAGGCCUACAAACCCCUGCCCUUCGAAGGAUCCAGCAACUACAGGUAACAAAUGGCCACGCGUGAACACACUUGCAAGGCUCCAUUGUCCUGUGUGUGUCGUUGUGCAUCGGACAGGGAGGAGUACAAGCCUUGGGAGCUGCCCAAACGGUCGGUGGGACACUGCACGGCAUGGGUUCGGUUGUUGAGCGGUCGACCCAUGUGUGUCUCAUGUUGUGCAGUGAUUUGGUCCGCCCAGCCACCGUCAGGGCCUUCCCGGACAGCCGAGACUUCCUGACGGAGGUCGGGCAACACACAUACACACACAUGGGGGACAUAUAAUGGGAGUUGCGUGGGUGUGUCUGCAGGCCAAGUCGAGCUAUUCCAAGAAGCCGCUGCCCCCGUCACCCCCUCCACAGCAGACUCGGUACAUUCCCAAAGACGUCAAAUUCGACGGAACCACCAACUAUCGGUCUGCUCGGCCACACACAAAGAGGGACACAGAGGAGAGGGGCACCAUUCUCUUGGCUGGUGUUGUGUUGUCAAAUUGGGGUAUGUGUCGGCUGCAGCACUGAGUACACUGCCAAGCCAAUAGAGGUCCACAAGCCGGCGGAGGUCACCCGGGAGUACAAGCCGCUGCCAUUUGAGGGCACCACCACACACAAGACCGACUACCAGAAGGCAAUCAAGGGAGACACAGACAGACGGACAGACAGACACACAGACAGACACACAGAGAGAUGUGCCUCUGUCUGUAUGCCGGUCAAUCAGUGGGCCAUCGAGCCCGCCCCCCGUCCGAAGUCGGCCGUUGUGCGGCCGUCGCUGCCCUUCGACGCCAGUACGACCUACAAGACCGACUACCUCAAGAAGCCGCUGCCGGAACACGCACCGCCACAAACCGCUCAGUGGAAACCUAGGUACGUGACCCAACGUUGACACAUAGAGAGAGAGAGCCACCCAUGUGUCUCUGGGUGUCAUUCAGUCCCGCUAAGUUCUACGGUGACACAAACUACCGAGCGGAGUACUACCAGAAGCCCCUCCCAGAGGGGCCCAAAGCCAUGCCAGCGUCCAAGUCGAGUAGGCAGAUAAAGAGAGAGAAGCAUCUGCCACCUUCCCCACCCCUUGUGUGUGUCUUUGUGUGUGUGCCUUCAGUGGGUCGGCUGCCGUUUGAUGGGGUCAGACACACAGCAAGAGAAGCCCGCAGACACACACAACACCAAUCGCAUCCUUCGUGUCUGUCCAAAUGCAGGUCACCACCUACAAGACCGACUACCUGAAGUGGUCAGUCAGUCAGUGAGCAGACUGCUGGGCGGCUGCAUGCCAGACAGACAGACAGACAUCCACUUCUUUGUGCUUCGCCUUUUCCUUCCUUCGCCUCAGGCCUGCCCAGAUGAUGCCAGUGCCGGCUCGUAUGUCUCAUCAGCCUUUCCCAGACACGAGAGACUUCCGGUAAGCACACGAGAGACUUCCGGACCACACAUACCAAAGCUCGUGUAUGUGUGUGUGUGUGUGUGUGUCAGCUCGACGUACAAGGGCGACUACCUCAAGAAGCCGCUGCCGGUGCGGCCCGUGUGUCCCGUCACACUACUGCCGCCAUACCCAUACCCUUGCGAACCCAGGAGACACAUAUUCUGGUCACACACACACAUAUAUUCAGAAAGAGAGAGAGGGGCAUCUGUGUGUUUGUGUGUUGCAGGGACCCUGUUGCCCAGAAGUGGUACUAAGAGGGAGGGAGGGAGGGAGAUCGAAGGAGGCUAGAUACCGACAGAGACGGAUGUAUGAGCCCGGUUUUUGGAGUGAGCAUGGCUGCACCGUCCGUCCGUCUCAAUGAAUGAGUGCUCAUGGCCUGCUUGCCUGCCUGGGUGGCUGACUGGCUGGCUGGGUGUCUGAUGCCAUUGAUCAUACAGUAUAUAUUGCGGUCCGCAAGAAGGGCGCACGGACGUAGAGUCUAGGAAUGUCCCUGCCUGCCUGCCAAAUGGCAUUCUUGUGUGCCUGCCUGCCUGUCUGUCUCCCUUCUGGCUGUCUGGAUGUUGUGUGUGUAUGAUUGCACGGCUGGCUAACCUAAAGGAGAAGAGCACAGCAAGGGAAGCGGGCGGACAUGCAAGGUGUUCGGUCAACGAACUAAGCGCUGGCUGAUUGGUUGAUUGAUUGACG